AUGGCAGUUCAUAAACUGAAGAGCAUUUCCAGUAGAAAUGCCACUCAUGUUUCCAUUACCAGAAUUUAUAUAAGCCGGACAGUUCACAUGCAAAUGAUACGUCCCAGAUACAAAUUUUCCAACUCUCCAUCGUACUUUUAUACUCACCUUAAAGUUAAUCAACACUGUUCCGCUCAUUUGCUCUUGGUUCAAAGAAACAGCAAGGUGCGGCGCCAAUGGCACUGCACUCCCGCGCAAAGCUGGCGACCAAACUGUCAUCUCUUUGUUUCCCUGAUAAGUAGAAGAGAGCGUUGUGGUGGGGGUAAUUUGUUGGCCGCGGUACGAGGCAGAUACUUCAAGUUUAUCGUAGUAUAUGCCGAUUCUGCCAUUAGGGUUGCGGGAGGAGAGGGUCAUUUGGAGAUUGGAAGUAAGGAGGUUGGGGGAGGAGAGGCUGAAGCCAUUAGCGGUGGCGCCCUGGAGGAUGAAAUCAGGCUUCGUAGGGCGGAGGAUGAGCCAUACAAGGAAGACGGUGAUGAGGGCAGUACAUAUGCAGCUGCAUAUGGCCAUCAAGAGCUUAUAGAACUUCUUCUUCCCAUUGUCGUGGUUGCAGCAAUCUUCCCUCAUGUUUUGGUUAGAGAACAAGGCCAGGGUAAGAAAAAUGGUUGA